GAAACCCGGACCUAUGCUCUCGCGAGAGUUAGCGGCCUCCGGUGUGGGAUGGCCGAGGAGCCGGGCGGAGCUGGCCUGCGGCUCCCGGGGCCGGCUCUCCGGCCGGAGACAUGGCCCGGGGGCCCGGCCCGCUAGGCAGGCCUCGCCCCGAUACGGCAGCCACGGUCGCCAUGCCCAAGAGAGGAAAGCGACUCAAGUUCCGGGCCCACGACGCCUGCUCCGGCCGAGUGACCGUGGCGGAUUACGCCAACUCGGAUCCGGCGGUCGUGAGGUCAGGACGAGUGAAGAAAGCCGUAGCCAACGCUGUUCAGCAGGAAGUAAAAUCUCUUUGUGGCUUGGAAGCCUCUCAGGUUCCUGCAGAGGAAGCUCUUUCUGGGGCUGGUGAGCCCUGUGACAUCAUCGACAGCAGUGAUGAGAUGGAUGCCCAGGAGGAAAGCAUCCAUGAGAGAACUGUUUCCAGAAAAAAGAAAAGCAAGAGGCACAAAGAAGAACUGGACGGGGCUGGAGGAGAAGAGUAUCCCAUGGAUAUUUGGCUAUUGCUGGCCUCGUAUAUCCGUCCUGAGGACAUUGUGAAUUUUUCCCUGAUUUGUAAGAAUGCCUGGACUGUCACUUGCACUGCUGCGUUUUGGACCAGGUUGUACCGAAGGCACUACACGCUGGAUGCUUCCCUGCCUUUGCGCCUGCGACCAGAGUCAAUGGAGAAGCUGCGCUGCCUCCGGGCUUGUGUGAUCCGAUCUCUGUACCAUAUGUAUGAGCCAUUUGCUGCUCGAAUCUCCAAGAAUCCAGCCAUUCCAGAAAGCACCCCCAGCACACUGAAGAAUUCCAAAUGCUUACUUUUCUGGUGCAGAAAGAUUGUUGGGAACAGACAGGAACCAAUGUGGGAAUUCAACUUCAAGUUCAAAAAACAGUCCCCUAGGUUAAAGAGCAAGUGUACAGGAGGAUUGCAGCCUCCCGUUCAGUAUGAAGAUGUUCAUACCAACCCAGACCAGGACUGCUGCCUACUGCAGGUCACCACCCUCAAUUUCAUCUUUAUUCCGAUUGUCAUGGGAAUGAUAUUUACUCUGUUUACUAUCAAUGUGAGCACGGACAUGCGGCACCAUCGAGUGAGACUGGUGUUCCAAGAUUCCCCUGUCCAUGGUGGUCGGAAGCUGCGCAGUGAACAGGGUGUACAAGUCAUCUUGGACCCAGUGCACAGUGUUCGGCUCUUUGACUGGUGGCAUCCUCAGUACCCAUUCUCCCUGAGAGCAUAGUUACUGCUUCCCAUCCCUUGGAAGCAGCCCCGAGUCUAGUCCAUUAGUAAUCAGAUUCGGGUUUCGAAGGGGCAGCUGGAAUGUAUAUCUGGUUAGUAAUGCACAUGCUCUUCAGGUUUUAGGGCUCCUGUUAGGGGAGGGAGAAAUGUUGAAUCAAGAGGAAAAAUAACAACUAUAAUUUAUGAACAUAUUCUAAUGUAAAAAUUUGCAUUUAAAAGGAGUGGCCCUGUUUUCUGUGUUAAAACCCCAUUUGGUGCUAUUGAGUUUGUUCUUUAUUCUUUUAUCCCAGUGAAAAUUGUUGAUCUUGCUCUAGGGAAAAAUUAAACUGAAUCUCCAAACAAGCAAGUUUCAGCAUUCCCUUACGAUCAGAGGAACUUUAGAGGCCUGAAAUUGUUGCUUCCAGUUUAGCUCCCCCUCAAAUUCAAGUGAAUAUUUUCUCCCUUUACCCUUCUCCAGAAAUAAAGCAGGUGACAGGGUUUUCAGAAUCUUA